GGCUGCUUCAGCUGACAUUCGGCAUGAUGGCGACAGAGGUUCAGAGCGGCGACCUCAACAGCGCAAAUUCAAGCCGUCUCGAAGUUUCUAUCGACGGAUUGACUUUAAGUCCCGAUUCCGAGGGCGAACAGGAACAGGCCGAGACGUCAGCGGCUCUGUCGGAGGAGCACGUCGCCUUAAACCCGAAUGUCGAUGGGGAGGAGGGCGAACAUGUCAGCAGCGGUACGAUCGAGAUUAAAUGGGGCUUUCCUUUAGUAGAGCUCUACGGGCUGGCCCUCAGAUUCUUUAAAGAGAAAGAUGGGAAAGCCUUCCACCCAACCUAUGAGGAGAAACUUCGUCUGGUAGCCCUCCACAAGCAGGUGUUGCUGGGGCCUUAUAACCCAGAUGUUUUACCUGAGGUUGGAUUCUUUGAUGUGCUGGGAAAUGACCGCAGGAAAGAAUGGGCAUCUUUGGGCAACAUGGAGAAGGACGAGGCCAUGCUGGAUUUUGUAAAGCUGUUGAAUAAAUGUUGCAAUUUAUUCGCACCUUUCAUCGCAUCACAUAAGAUUGAAAAGGAGGAGCAAGAAAAAAAGAGGUGGGAGGAAGAGGAGCAGCAGCGUAGAGAGGAAGAAGAGCGUGAGCGACAGCGGCAGGAGGAGGAGAGACACAGACGUGAGGAGGAGGAGAGGCUUAGGAGAGAGGAGGUGGAGAGAAGACAGCUUGAAGAGGAGCGACAACGUGUAGAGCAGCAGAAACAGCAGAUCAUGGCUGCGCUGAAUGCACAGACAGCAGUGCAGUUCCAGCAGUAUGCAGCGCAGCAGUACCCCAACAGUCCUGAGCAGCAGCUCAUUCUCAUCCGGCAGUUGCAGGAGCAGCAUUACCAACAGUACAUGCAGCAGCUGUAUCAGGUCCAGCUCGCUCAGCAACAGGCUGCCUUGCAGAAACAGCAGGAAGAUGCUAUAGUGCUGUCUACAUUGGAGGCCAGUGAGGUGUCAGCGUCCCCUGCUGGCGAGGAGGCUCCCGUUCUGAAUGGCCGGGCAGAGUCCACUACUGACAGCUUAGAGCGAGAACCAGACCUGGAGCCUGCAGAUGAGGUCACCGAGAAUGGACCCACUGAUUCUACCCCUGUAAUAGCAGCCCCGUCUAUGUGGACCCGGCCACAGAUAAAAGACUUUAAAGAGAAGAUCCUUCAGGAUGUGGACUCUGUGAUCACAGUGGGCCGGGGGGAAGUGGUGACCAUCCGGGUCCCUACCCAUGAGGAGGGCUCCUAUCUCUUCUGGGAGUUUGCCACUGACUAUUACGACAUUGGCUUUGGUGUAUUCUUUGAAUGGACUGACUCUACUAAUGCUUCAGUCAGCGUGCAUGUCAGCGAGUCUAGUGAUGAAGAUGAGGAUGAGGAAGGUGAUGCCCAGUCUGAGGAGGAGAAGGCCAAGAAAGAGGCUGGGAAACCACAGGUGGAUGAGAUUGUGCCGGUGUACCGGCGGGACUGUCAUGAGGAGGUGUAUGCUGGGAGUCACCAGUAUCCCGGCCGUGGUAUAUACUUGCUCAAGUUUGAUAACUCCUACUCACUCUGGAGGUCUAAAACCGUCUACUACAGAGUAUACUACACCAGAUAAGCCUGGUGUCAAGACUGUGGGAUAGGAAUGUGUGUGUGUGCCUGUAUGUACAUUAGAGAAAGAAAAAGAAAGUUUAAAAUGAGGAAUUGUGUGGGAUGUCCACAACUGGCGAGAGGGACAUGAGUGUGUGUAUUUUGAUGUGUCCAAGCCAUGUACUUGGGACCUCUGUUUUGCACUCUAAAAGAUGUACUCUAGGAUUUUUUGCUUGUCACUGUCCUCUAUACCCAGUGUGACUUAACUCAGCCUCCGUCUUCUAAUUUCAUCCAAAGAGGUGCUUCAGAACAACCAUAGGAUAAAUAUGUAUGUGUCCUAAUUAAAAAAUGGCAAGGAAACAUCAUGUUUAGAUGAUGAACAAAGAAGCUUUGGGGUUCUGUGGUAAACCACUAACAUGCCUUUCUCCUAGAGUACUUCCUCAUUUAGGUCACCACUGUGUAAAUCAGACAAUGGUGUUCAUCUUAUACGCAAGUUUCUCUCCCUAUCAGCACAAGCGCAUCAGUCUGUUCCGUUCCCAGUGGAUGUCUGUAUAAAACAGAUUGACAAGACUUUCUGACAAUAGAAAGAUGGAUGAAAUUUAUCUGGACUUCAUGGUGGAGGCUUUUACGAAAGGAGAUUUUGCAUCAUUUUCUAAAUCGGAUGGAUUGUGUUUAAAACAUUUAAUAAAUAUUUAUUCAUCUCUGUGGUAGUCAUUUUUGUGUCUGUAAGUCCUAUAGUGUUUAUCUAAUUCACGUCCACAGAGCCCCAAAUCUAGUUGUAUUCUUUCUAUAUUUCUCUUUUGAUUUUGCAUUUGUCGUCAAUGUGAGAUUUAGCAGUAUUUACUUUUAAUGUUAUAACAUUGCUAGGAGUUCAAAAUAUUCUUGCCUUGGUCAUUUCUUUGUUGGAUCUAUAUAGUUACAGACAGCCAUGUCAGGACUUUAAAGUUAAAAUGUAUAUUGAUUUAAAUUUAUAUUCCUCACAGAUAUACUUGGUUCUCUGACAUAAAAUAACAAACAUAUUCUUUAUAUUAAUAAUAAAAUGUUUGUGUAGUUGAUUGAGACUAUCAAAAGCAUUCAAAUCACUGAUGAAUUUUUUCUGUUAUUUAUUGGUCUGUUCGGUGCUUUGAAGAAUUACAGUGAAGUUACUGAGAAUUAAAGGCUGCAAUUUUAUUUUUUGUUUUUCCUGUAUUCUUCUAAAAAUGAGCUUCAUCUUCAAAACAUCUGAUAAUUUUCUGGAUUGGUCACUGUCUGUAUUGUUGAGUGAAAUAUGUCCAGUUCAUGAUUUAUGUCAAUGAUGCCUGUGUAAUGCAGGGAACUGCUAUGAUUAAAAAGCAUCCAUAUUAACAGAUACAGAUGUUGUUACACUGCUCACUUGAUAAAUAAAGUGGGUGUGCAGUGUAUUCGAGUGUUAAGUCAAAGAGCUGUGUUGAUUAAGUAUUCAAAGUCUAUUCACACUACUUAAAUCACAUGUAUGGUUUAUUGGUUACAGAAAUUCAGCUGUUCAUUAUUUCCAUGUAUUUUUCUUUUUCUCUUUUUAUAAUGCUAAUUUCAGGCCUUUGCAUAGUCAAAUGUAAAAAUUGGCAUGGUAUUGAAGGUAUGUCUUAUGGGUAAAAGAUGGAAAACUGUAGGGUAAUUGGUAUGAAAACUGUCUUCAUAUUUAUAUUGGAAACUUCAGUCAUUUUCUGACCAUAAAAGCUGGAAGUGUUUUUUGUAUUGGUUUCGCUUGUGUUAUCUCAUCUUUAUGCAUUGAGGAUGAGAGUCCUGAAGUGUAUAUUUGAUUGAUUAAACUUGCAUUCC